UUUAAAAUGGCGGUCUUACUGGCUCUUGCUCUUGCCCUUGUGGUUUUUCCGAUUUCUUAUUCUCCAGUAUAUGCACUGAGCUUGAACUACUAUGACAAUGUCUGCCCUCAUCUGGAGUACACUGUUACUUCUGCUGUCAAAAAAGCUAUGAUCAAUGACAAGACAGUUCCAGCUGCUUUGCUUCGAAUGCAUUUUCAUGACUGUUUUAUUAGAGGAUGUGAUGGUUCUGUGCUUUUGGAGUCAAAGGGAAAGAAUAAAGCAGAGAAAGAUGGGCCCCCUAACAUUUCAGUGCAUGCUUUUUACGUUAUUGACAAUGCAAAGAAAGCAGUAGAAGCUAUGUGUCCUGGUGUUGUCUCUUGUGCUGAUAUUUUGGCUCUAGCUGCAUAG